AUGAGACUGUUCCAAGCAAGUAUGGCCAGGACUUCAGCCUUAUGAGCUGCAAUUUUACUUACCUCUUGCAUUUCUAACCCAUCUUAGAGGGAGCUCAAGGUGACCUCCUGCCCUUGCUUCUCCCUGCUCCUUUUGUCCUCUCAGCCACCUCGGGAGGUCGGCUGGGCUGAGCGCGACUGGCCCAAGGCGCGCUUGAGGGCGCGGGAGCCUCGCUCUCCUGCUUCUCCGUCCCAGCGCUAGACUGAGCGGUCUUGGGGGGGGGGGGGGAGGGAGAUCGGAAGGCGGCUUCCCUUCCUUCGGAAGCUGCUCCGGGGGCCGAGGGGUCCCUGCUCUCCUGCCCCAAGUCCAGCCCAGAGGGAACAGUGACGCUUGGCAGUCAGACCGGCGCCGAUUCGGGGGCUUCUAGGGGACUUCGGCCGGCCUAGGAGACGGACGCGCCUCUCCUCGCUACUCAGCGGUAAGUCCUCCUGGAGCCCCCGGGGUUUACUCCCCGGUAAGUGGGGGGAGCCUCGCGGCCAGGCUGGGGAGCGGCGCCGGAGGGGCGGCGGGCGGGGGGGCGGGGCGGGGCGGGGGCGGAGCGAGGCUCCCUCGCGGCUCCGGCGCGGCGCUGCGGGAGCCACUCUCCGCCUGGGCUCCGGCUGCCUCAGCGAGAAGCCGCCGCCGCCGCCGCCGCCGCCGCCAGCUCGUGGCCCGCCGGGAGGAGGCAGCCCUUGGCCCGCCAGCCGGGACGGCCAGGCCAGGCGAGGAGAGCCGCCCAGCCGCCCAUUGUUUCCCGGGGCCCGCGCGGCCCUGCCGGGCUCCCGCUCCGCCGCCCGGCCCAGGAGGGACCCAGCCCAGCGGUAAGUCGCUCCAACGCGGCGGCGGCGGAAACUUUCCCGGCCAACUUGGCGCUGGGCCGCCGGGGCCUCCCGGAGACGCGGAUCGAGCGCGGGGGCAGCGGCGGGGCUCGGCCAGAAGCUGGCCAACUUCCCGCGGCUCGGCGGCUGGAGGCGGGUCCGCCAUCGCCCCCGGCGUCGGGCUCCCGGCGGUGCAGCGCGGGCGGCGGGGGGCUGGGGCGAGCAGCCCGGCCUGGCGGGAUGGGAGGAAGGGGCGGCGGGGGGAGCGCGGCGGGGCCCCGCGAGGGAGCGGAGCAGGCUUGGCCGCCUCGCCGUCGCGCUGGACUGAGCUGCGAGCUGCGCGGCCGCGUCCUGCUGGCUGGGAAUCGCCGCUGGCGGCGGACCAGCGCCCGACGGGGCCGGGGAGGCAAGGGCGCUCUUGGCACGCUCAGUCGACCUGCGUUUAGCGGCUAAGCCGGUUCAGGGGAUCGACUUGGUGCGUUGUGGUUUUUAGGCAAACCCCUUUAUGGGCGACCUGGGAAUCGGGGCGCCUGCCCGCUGAAGCCUUUGCUUUAACCCCCGAAUCCCGACCCCUCGCGAAAGCGAAGCCUUGGCUCCGGUCUCAGCUUGAAUUGCCGGCCUUCUCUCUCCGCUCUCAGAAUGAAGAUUGUGAGCUCCUUGAGGGCAGAGAGGGUCAUCAGGCAGCGGAUGGGUAGUUGCUUCUGAGUGGUAGUUAUUCUGAAAUAACUCCUGUCUGCGCCAGAGCAAGGUGUGAUCUUUCUGUGGCUUGUGCUUGGGUUGCCUAAGGCAAAGGAUCAGCAGCAGGUGGGGGCCCCAGCGCUGCCACCCCCACAUCUAGGAAUAUCAGCUGCCCUCCCAGUCGCCAAACUGGAGAGCUGCAGGGUCUGUGGAGCUGGGACCUGGGGGCAGACCCUGAGGACUCUGCCCAUCCUCCUGGGAAGCCAGGAGCUGAGCUUGCUUGUCCCUGUUGCUCAAUGUGACUGUUGGUGCACCUUUUACACAGACCUAAGAAAUGCUGUAAGCUGCCUCCUGUUAAAGUUUGAAAUCUAUUUGCUCUGAAAGGUUGGGACAAAGGGUGAGAUGUGUGAGCCAGCAGGCAUCCAGAAUCCCUCUGAGAUGCCUGUUUCUUACUGGGUUCCUGGAAAAAAACCAACCCCACACCCAGCUUGGCUUGAAGGGGAGGGAAGACUGCUGUUGAGAGCCUCCUGGCAUCUUAAAUACUAAGAGAUUUACUUGUGCUGUGAUCUUUUGUGGACUCCAGAGCUGCCUCCAUUAGCUGCAUGAGGCCUUCUCCUCCAUUGGCAGCAGUGGGCUCCGUGGUGGGGGGAGCCCAAAGCCCCUAAAUGUAGUAGCUACAGUAAGUCUGCGACAUUUCUGUGCAAUGCCCAAAUGUGUUCAAGGAAAGUGCAGGGUCACCUCUUCUUAUCUUGUGCACAGGUUUGGCUCUCAUCCCAGGAGCUUAAGUUACAGUAAAUCUGCUGAGGUACCCCUGGACUCUUAGCUGCCUGCGAGAGACUCAGCGCAGUGAUUCUUAUGGAAUUUGUUGACACAAACAGACUGAAGAGUGCCUGCUUUGGAGAGCUGACGAAACUGUAUGUUGUGCAAAUGAAAGCACAUCUAGUCAAAAGUAAAUCCUAUUUAGUUCAGUGGGGCUUACUCUCUAGUUACAGGGCUGGGGAACCUUGGUCCCAAGCCAGAUGUGGCCCUCCAGGUCUCUGUUUGGCCCUUACAAUUCUUCCCAGGUCACACGCCUCCUCCAGCCAUAUUCCACACCCUCCUUGAAUGUUUUCCCCAGGCUAGAAUGUGUCCUUGACCUCUGGUGGGUGCAUAGAAACUCGGCUAGCCUACAGAGUUAGAUUUUUCUUCCCGUUUUUGCCUCUGACUCUGCCCACCACUGCCAUGUGGCCCCUAGAAGGCUGACCAGGAGUGAGUGUGGCCCUGCAGCUGUAAAAGAUUCUCUUCCCUUGCUUUUCUAUCAUGUCCAGGAAUUCAGCUGCAAGCUGACUUCCACUGCUAUGGAAAGCAAAAAAGAUGAGCCUUCAGAGCACAUCCUGGGACAGCCAUAGUGCAAUAUAACAACUAUGAUUGUUCUUCUUUGAACGUUUAUUUCUUGCCAACUGUGUGUUAUGAGCUGGCCAGAAUGUUGAUACAAUGGAAUUCAUGCCCAGAAGGACUUAAGAGAUGGCAAAUGCCUAGCAAUUGAGAGGCAGCAGGGUAAAGCCUUUUGGGACCCUGGCACACAUUUGCAAAACUGAGCAACUGCUGAAACAGCCCACCACCGUCUGUUUUAUUGGCUACAAUGAAUGCUGCUUUUAAGGGUGACCUUGUGGGUGCACCUCCACCUGCAGGUGACUCAUAGGCAACCCCUAAGACAAGUUUGUUUUGUGGAAUGCUCUCCAGAGGUUGGCCUGGCACCUUCAUUUUAUAUUUUAGGUGCCAGGCAAAAAUGUUCCUCUUCAACCAGGCCUAUCCUACAGCUUUUCAAAGGUGGGCUUUUUGUUUUGGUUUAAUUAUUCACUUGUGUUUUAUGUUGCAUUUUAUUCUUUGAACCAGCCGCGGAUCUCUUGAUGAAGGGCAGUAUAGAAAUGUAAUAAUAAAAAAAUUCUGUCUCCAAAUGGUGGUGCAGGGAAGAGCCAGUCACUAAAUGGUGGCAGGUGGAAGCAACCUUUGGCACAACUGAUUGGCAAGUCCUGCCAUCUCUUUAUGCUCUGUUAACCUGUGGAUUGUUAGAAAGUGCUAAAUUCCUUGCCGUAACAUUUUCCUUAUGGCAAGGUGUUCCAAAGCUCAGCUUUCAUCAAGUUAAAGAUAGACAUUUAUUUUGGAGGUAUUGUGACGUACGUAGCCUCCUUAUUGUAGGCAGAAGCUCUUGAUGCAGAAGCUCAGCGUGAAGGAGUCUGUUCCUUUCUAUUUUCCGCUUCCCAGCCCCACUUGCCUUGUGCCUAAUUCCAUCUCCUCAACCACCAGAUCCUGUCAUCUCUUGUCCUCUGAAAGCACCCUUUCUUUCCUACCCCAGUUUAUUUAAUAUGAAACAAUAACAACAGCAACAACCUGUUGUCUUGCUCUCUAAUUCCCUUCUGACUCUUCCCCUCAUGGCAUGGCUAUGGGGAAGGGCAGGCGGGGGGGGGGGGGCUAUGGCCCCAAGGCCUACCUAAAAUUGGUCCCAAGCCCACUCUUAGGGAAACACUGGCCAGGGACGCAUUUUCACAGCUGUGACAGCCAAGUUCCCAAGUGAUGCUAAAUUUAUUACAGAACUAUAUGCAUCUGGGAAAGGGGUCGGAUAAUUCUGGUCACCUGACUGGUGUCCCAAGAACAAAGUCCCCCUUUGGGGAUAAUUAGGAAAGGUUGAUGAAUCUGAAAGGAAAUAUAUUGGAGAAAUAGAAAAAAGUAGCUGAAAUGAUCAUGAGGCUGGAGCAAUUCCACUUUGAGGAAAGGUUGCAAUGUGUGGGUCGUUUUAGCUUUGGGGGGCAGAAAGAUGAAAGGGAGUGGGAAGACUUCAGUGCCAGAUAAAACCCUGUGGAGACCCCAUGACAGUCAAAAUCUUGGGUGGGGGGGACUCUCUAGUGGGAUAACACUGAACUAAGAAAGCUUGAUUGUAAUUUUCUUUCAAUAUCAAAUCAAUAUUAUUUUGAUCUGUUGUCAUGGGGCCCCUAAAAGGUUUGGGGCCCAUAGGCCAGUGCCUACUCUGCCUAUUUGGUAAUCCAGCUCGGGGAGACACAGCUCAAGGGUCCUUGCACCAGGUGCCAUGGUGGGCACCAACUUAGAUGGCUUUUAUGCAGGAUUAGACAGAUGCAUAGAGGAAAGGGCUGUCAGUGGCUGCUGGUCCUAAUGGCUACUUUUGCCUCCAGGAUCAGCAUCCCUGAGUAACGGCUUACUAGAGGAGAGGAAUAUCAGGAGAGGCCUGGGGCUCCCCAUGGGCCGUGGGGUAAGGGGGACUAGGGAGGCCUUUGGUGUGUGAGAGCCGAGCUCUUGCUAUGCUCUGAAAGGAGUUGGCUGUUCCUGGCGAAACUGCUUGGCGUUGUCGGGGGUGGGGGAUUGUUCUCUCCUAGACAGGAUGGCACUUUUGGCUUGAUGGGAAUUUUCAGUUCCUACUGUUUCUGAGCUGCUUUUCUUUGUGAGCUUCUCACUUGAUGAUUCAGAACGGUGACUUGUGUGUGAAUGAGCUAUCACAGAUCAAGCAUCCCAAGAAAAAGUUUAAUGGCUUUAUGCAUGGCCUCAAAAGCAGGGCUUUUCAAUGGAAUCAUUUCACAUGUUCGGCAUGAGUGGAUCAGUGGUCCUGCACCUUGACUAAGCAGGAAGUGACUCUUGCACGACAAAUAAGGUUAAGUGUGAGUUAAAUACUUGGCAGAGAUUUUUCUCAAGUUGUGUUGGGCUUGAAUUCAAGAGUUUGAGAACCAGGACUGUUUUACAGUGAGGGAUAGCUAAAACUGGUAUAUGUUUCAAACCUGCAAGCUUCCAUCCUUUGUCAAUGUGCAAUUUAAUUUUUAUUCACUGCACAUAUCCCUCCAGCCCCAAAUGGCUAUUAUACAAUCCUGGGAACUCUUAAGGAAAGAUUCCAAAUACCACCAGAUCCUAACCAGAUCAUAAAUACACUCCCUAGAAUUUUAUCCCAUUGAUACUUCUAUCUUGAAAAGGUGGGAACAGACCAAAUGAUAAUUGGCACUUCUUUUGAAGUUUGGCAUUCUGUAACUGAAGAGUAUUUCUUGGAACAUAUUACAAGACCUAUAAAAGACAUAAUUCUGUUGUUGCAUUGUUCAGUCAGUUUUGAUUUGUUCACUUCUGUUUAAACUGAACCCAUCUAAAUCUUAGAACCAUGGAAUUACAGAGUUGGAUGGGACCACAAGGAUCAUCUAGUCCAGCCGCCUGGAAUGCAGGAAUCUUUUGACCAACGUGGUACUUGAACCCACAGUCCUGAGGUUAAGAGUCUCAUUCUCUACCGACUGAACUUGCUUGACCAGUGUUCAGAUUUUCCUGGGUUUUCUUUGACUUAUCCAGCAUGGCUUAAGGGAUGAAAGUUCAGCCACUGGGAAUUGAGGGUUGUAGGUUCUUGGCAGAUUUGUGAAAAAGGUUUGUGUAUUUUAUACCUACCUCUGAGUAAGGGAUGGGGAAUUUGUGGCCCUGCAGAUGCACUUGAACUCCCAACUUCAGUUAGCCCCACCCUGUGCCGCAGGAGCAGUCAGUCAACUCUUUAUUAGCAAAAGCACAACCUCCACAGAGUUGGUUCAGUGUUAGACCUACUAGGCACACAGUUCACACUCCUUGGGGUCUUACUCCAUGAAGAUCAGUUGCCUAGACUGAAAGUUCCAACCUCCCCACAGCCAGCUAAGACCCCUCCUCUCCAGGGCUUUCCCCAAGCAAUCGGAGACUAUGCCUGUGUGUAGCCAACCUCUCCUCCGCACUUUUCAUACUUCUUCUGGUUCUGGAAGACAAGGGGGGAGGGGAGCCUGUCGCAGCAGGAGACAGAGACAUCCGUGAGUCUUCACCAGCCUGGCUCAUCUCUGCCUCUUAGUCUCCCUCUUCCCAUGCUUCAGCUUCUGAUUCUGGACAGACUCUCCCCACUCACUCAACCCGGUUCCCUCUUCAGCUUCCACCACCUCUUCCUCCCAGUCUUCUUAUCCCUCUCACCUCUCAUUGUUGCCUUACCCCUACUCCCUGGUCUCUGAGCCGUCUUCCCUUGAGGGUUCCCCAGCUGGUUCCUCCCAGCAUUUCUCUGUGUCCAACCUGUCUGUGACAACCAGCAUGGCCAGUGGUCACGGAUGAUGGGAGUUGUUCUCUAGCAACAUCUGGAGGGUACCAGAUUCCACAUCCCUGCUCUAGGACUUCAGCUUCAGUUGUUGUGUAAUUGUGCCUUGCGAAAAAGGAGAAUAUUCAGCUGCUACUUUGCAAUCUAGAUUAUCCCAGGGUGGAUGGUGCUCUGAAAGAGCCACAGCUGCCCCAGAUGUAUCAAGACUAUUAGAAGGUAAAGAUGAAGAGAGACCUCCUGUGGCAAUGAGAGGGGUGGGCACAGAGUGGGUGACCUGCAUAGAGAGAGUGUCCUGGGAUGGGGAGAGAAAAGGGCUAAAGGUUAACAGAUGGUUGGGCAAAGAGAAAAGAGAGAACUAGAGAGGGAAGAGGACGUUAACAGAGUGGGCUGAAACCAAAAACACUGGGUUAAGAAUGUGACCAAAAUGCCUUUAUCUGGCACAUUGGUCUAGGAGUGUGGUCCAGGGGUGGUUAGGUGGCUAUGCAUUUAGAUAUUGGGGGUAGAAUUCUGAGCCAUUUUGCUUUGUGUGAAUAAGAUCCUUUGGAUUUCUCUUAUUACAAUCAACCAAGAGUUUUGUGGCACCUUAAAAACGAUAAAAUUUAUUAUGGCAUUAGCUUUUGUGGACAAAAGUCCCUUUCAUCAGAUGCAUAAAAUUCAAGAAUAUUGGCGACAUCGGAAGAAGUGGACUGUAGUCCUUGAAAACAUGUUUGAUUUAUUUCCUAUGCAAAUUGGGGUAAUUUGUAUAGAGUAAUCUGCAUCCAGGGGAAAUUAGUUUGCAUUGGAAAAUUUUCUGAUGCCCUACAGAAUUAUUUAAUUUAGCAUGCUCAUUUUACUUGUGUUUAACAAACAAAGCCAAAAAAAACCCCUCUUUGAAACUGGCAAGCUUUGCCUAUUGUUUGUGAUUGUCACCCAUUCAUUGUUACUAAAGAACUUAUAAAAAUGACCCCCACACGCCCAUUGAGCAUUAAUUUGCAAACUAGUCUGUUGUGGCAGAAAUGUCUGUACCACAAGAAGCAAGAACCAAAUGUCUCUCUGAUUCUCAAGUUACCCCUUCCUAGAAGAGGCUGCCUGCUCUGUAGGAGCGGCUCUGUCUGCCUCCCUGCCAACCUCUGCGGGAGGCUGGCAAUUGUGCCGCUGGUGGUUAGGGUUUGCAGCUCCACCUCAGACAGCCCUGCUCUAACCACUACACUGCUCUCUCCCUUUGUUAGAGACAGGCCUUAGAGGUGGGCAUAGCGGCCUCAAUAAUUUCCUAGCACUUUGUGUGAAUGUGAGAGAGAUAAAAAGUGGGUGCACAUGUCUAGGCUUGGGGCUUGUCAAGAACAACUCAGGGGUCUUUUGGUGUAGAAAAGCAAACCAAUAGGGAGUUUUGGAGAAAUGUCAAUACAGUGGUACCUCGGGUUAAGUACUUAAUUCGUUCCGGAGGUCUGUUCUUAACCUGAAACUGUUCUUAUCCUGAAGCACCACUUUAGCUAAUGGGGCCUCCUGCUGCUGCCACACCGCUGGAGCACGAUUUCUGUUCUCAUCCUGAAGCAAAGUUCUUAACCUGAAGCACUAUUUCUGGGUUAGUGGAGUCUGUAACCUGAAGCGUAUGUAACCCGAGGUACCACUGUAUUCACACUACAAUUCUACUCUGCUCUUAAACCACAUUGACUGCUGCGACAUUGCCCCCAUGGAACUCUGGGAAUUUUAAUCUUGUAAUAUUAGUGGAAGUUUGGCACUCCUUGGCAAGCCCAUCUGCCAGGAAGCCUUGUUGCCUGAAGUGUGUAGUGCUGGCAACUUUCUUCAGAGAGCUUUACUUUGGGGAUGAAGUCCCAGUUGAAAACAUUGGCUUCCUUCCCAUGUAAAUAAGUUUGGGAUUAUGGUAAAAAUGCUUGUUGUGUUUUUAAGUUUUCAAAGCACUUAAGUACAGCAACCCUGCAAAGUAGGCCAAUAUUAUUCUGAUAUGUGGAAGCUUGCCUAAGCCCACCUAUGAGCUGGAUUGCAGGUAGGGGACUUCCAAGCUGAGUAAUUGCCAGGGAAGCCAAAAAGUUGGGGCAGUAGCUGUCCAACCCCAACCCUUCCACAUUGAUUUGUCUGCCUUGGACUUUCUGCACAUUGAGGGUGACUCUGGGGAGCGAUCUCUAAGAUGCCCAUCACUGUCUGCACCCAAACAUAUUAUGCCUUCGUGAAGCAAACUCCGUGUAGGACAGGACGGGGCAGACUUCAGGCUUGAGGCUUCUACUAGAUUUUUUUACAAGAACCCCAAGGCCCAACCAGUUGUAAAAUAGUGAUUUGUGUGCAGUGCGGAGCAUAGAAUCGAGGAGCAGAGUGUUCAUCCCCGUAAAUUUCUUUUAAUACCAGAACUCAGCUCAGUUUCUUUCUUGUCUUACUCUGCUUCCAAGAGCCUGAUUUAAGAGCCUCAAAAAAGUAGUAGUAGAAAAAGUCAUAUUUGUUGUUAAACUGCUGGGAGUGAGAAAACCAUGGCUGAUCUUCUGCAAAUCACCCAGAGAUCUAUCCCCGAUCCCUGCCCCCCACCCCGCCCUGGAAUGCUCCCACUUUCCUCUGGACCUGUGGAUUCCAGGGACCAGCUGUCUUUCAGAGAACCUUGCCUGUCAUUAUGGAUCUGCUCACUGAGAACUGCAAAGCUUCAUUAGAACUGGGACGCCAAUGAAAAAACAGCUCCACUUGCAAGGGAGCAUGGGAAAAUAACUCUCCUGGUGGCCGGCAGUCUGCGGCCAUUUCGCUCCCAAACGUGAUUAAGAUGUGAGUGUUGAGCCAAGGGUAGGGAAUAAAGAGCUGCAUUUCUGGGCUUCAAUAUUGGAACUCACCUCUGGUGCCUUUGGUCAGAAAGGGGGUCGACCCAUAAGUCCCAUGGAGAAAUUGCUUCUCUCUCUCUCUCUCUCUCUCUCUCUCCAUAUAUAUAUGCCAGAAGCAGCCCCACAAGGAGAGAAGAUUUGAAACACAUCGUCUGACUUGAGCAGAUGGAUUUCUGUGGACCUUUUGCUUCCCUCAGAUUUAGUAGAUGUAAACGAUCAGGGGAAGUAAGAGAGGAAUGGGGAGCUUGCCAAGCCUUGGCUGUGUCAAGGUCUCUCACAAACGUCUUUGGCAGGAGGCCAUUUCUCUCCCCUGCCCCACAUGAGCACUUCGCUUCUGUAACGGGGGGGGGGGGGCUGGCAUGCAUUGGUGCCCCUACAUUGUCGUCUUGAGAGAGGAUUAAAAUACAUCAAGGCAGUCGCUGACUGGAAUGGAAAGAAGCCUCCGCUUGGGAACAAGACUGUGGGCUGGGGAAGAGCCCUCCAUUACGUGCAAUUCCUCUUCCAAGGAGGAGAGGGCCUGGCUCUGCUGAAGAGGCCUUCCUUCCUUUCAGGAGAGACAGGAUCUUUAUCAGUCUCCCGUAGAUCAGGAUCAUCUGUCCAUUUUUUAAAACUGAAGCUGAUUCAAAACAUCUUUUGAGGAUGAACCAAGCAGGUGGCCAUUUGGAUGGCAUUAAUGGCAGCAGAGUGGGAGGCGGUCCUGGGACACAAUGCUGCUGUGCAAGCCCCUUUGGGAUGAGCAGGAUGAGCUCUAGAGCACACGGAAGAGGAAGGCUCUGAAUUGGGCUUUCCGUUAGGAGGAGGAGAAAGCAGGUGGGUGAUGUUUGGGAUCCCUCUCCCCAGUCGUCUUCUGUGGCAGCCAGUUGCGUCUGUGGCCUGUGAAGAAGAAGAAGUCCCUCCACUGCAGUGGAUGGGCAGUUUUUUGCCCCAGGUGUACCUGAGAGCUGAUUCUAACCCCCUGCUUCUCUAGCUUCCCUCUCUUCUCCCACAACUUCCGUUGCACCUGGCCAGCUGGGGAACAGAAGGUGCAAUCCUGACGGGAUGGGCUUCACUUGUGCAGGCUCGUGGGUAUGGGGAAGAUAAAUAUUUGGUCUUCUAGGUCUAGGCCAGGCCUGUCCAGCGCCCAAGAGACUGUGAUCUACUUCUAUAAGUAAACUGGCAGUGAUCUACCCAUUGUCAUUGAGGAUUGACCACAGUUGUUGAGCUUUUUUUAAGGGAGAAAAACGCUCACCUCAAACUACACCACUUACAGACGCACGCAGCAAUAAAGGCAAUAAUCAAAUUCACCAACGCAAAGAGAGAAUGACAAACUCCGCCCACUUCACACAACGGAGGAAGGGGGGCAGAAACUAUCAUUUCGCAGUUUUCAUCAGCCAACGGUCAAUACGGUUCCCACAAUCGACCAGGAUCAACAGGGGGUCUACCUAUUGAUCGCAGUCGACCAGUUGAACUUGACUGCUCUAGGCAAGAAUUGUCCCCACCCCAGCACAUGCGAAGCCACCUCGGCGCCCCCCAAGUGGCCCAGAGGUCUUUAGCUGGCCACAUGGCUAUACAUGGCAGACCCCAUGUGCUGCCGCUGCUUUGGGGGAGGUAUCUGCUGGUCGUUUUUUUAAUAUAUAUAUAUGAUUUUCUUGGUUUACAAAAGUACACGCCUUGUCUCUUUUUUCAGGUUGUACAGUCUUUCUUACAAAUCAGUUACAUUUGUUGUCAGACAUGAGUGCUGAGUACAGUAUUCUGCUUGUGCUCUUGGUCUGCCUGCUAGGUGUGAGUCUGCAGCGCUGGGAGGAGGCUGCUGCUUGCUUUUGCAUACCUGGAUGUUGACUUUUCUGAAUCUGCUUUAACCAUUAAUUUGUGUGUUUCCUUCCUCUGUUCCCAGUGUAAUUAAAUAGGUUUUAUUUAAGCAAAUUGUUUCUGGCCUGACAUGUAGAGGUGCACAAAGCUCUCAGGGAGGAUUUUUUCUGCCUCUAGUUUUUAAGUGAUCUUGUUAAUUGUUGCAUAAAUUAUUGGGCGUGCAGUCUGGUAAAGGCUUGAGUGGGAAAUCUAGUGUGCAUGGAAUGAAUUCAGCAAGUAUGUAAAUGACUGCUUCUGUGGUCUACUGUUAUCAUUUCCAGUUGACUAGGAAACCUUUGUUAACUGGUAAGGAGUGGCAUAUUUUUUCAGGUUCCUAAUGAGGAUUGGUAUAGCAUAAUUGCUAUAAGACUGAGAUAUGGAUCAAGGGCCAAUGUUAAAAACUCAGAUAUAUAAGCUAGGCGCCAAAUGCCUCCUUAAACCAAGGUUUCAGCUGUCAAAACACAAUGUCUUGUUGCCAUUUUGGGGCUAGAUGGCUCUAAAGUCUUAUUUUUCCAAUGACGGACUAACUGUGAUUGAGUCUCAGUUAAACACCUGGAUAGUUCAGAUGACUACCUUGAGCUGGGUUAAGCGUUUUGAGAACUUAAAGAAGAAAAGUCCCUUAAUCUAGGGGUUGUCCCUGGAUGAAGUGAUUCAGAUGUCACCUCUGUCACAGACUCACUCCCUAGGUGCCCUUAAGUAACCAACUGUCUCUCACUCUCGCUCAUCUUAAGACGGGGCAGGGGCGUAGCAAGGGGGUUGUGGUAGCUGCGGUCCGCCCCGGGUGUCCCCACUGAGGGGGGGAGUGACAAAAUGGUGGGCGGCACUCACUGCGGGGCCUGCCUGAGCCAUGCAUCUCUCUUGGGAGUGACGCGGUGGGUUGAGUCCCCGCAGGCUUUGUGCUGCCCAAAUGGUCCGCCCGCUGCCUCCCUCUCAGCUGUAGGGCGGCUGAGUGGGAGGAGGCAGGCAGACUCCUUGGAGGUCCUGCGGUGCCCCCUUGGGUGGCUGGCCCCGCCCCCGGCCACAGGGUACGCACGCUGCCCGAGGCGCCCGAUCGGCUUGCUUUGCCGCAGGUCAGGGGAUGGUGAUAACAGUGACCUACCCUACAGGUUUGCUGUAAAGAUUACAAGUGGAUGCACCCUUCUUCAACCUGGUGCCAUCCACGUGUUUUGAACUACAACUCCCAUCAACCCCAGCCUGCCUGGAACUUUUUCCAGUCUGGGGUUUUUCAUUGCCACAGCAGGGGGUCCCAUUCCAGGGGUGGGAAGAAGCAAAUGAAAACUUUGCAGAGCAACAAAUGCAUCUCUUGCUUUGGUUCAGCCACACAAGUGUCGGAGGUUUCUCCACCUGGUUCAGCCAGAGGAAGGACACCUUCCCGAGAGUUUGGGGAGAGGGCCAGUGGGUGGUGUGGUCUGGCGAGAGUGCGCAGAGCCAGACAGGGAGGCCUGGAGGUCUGCAUUUGGCCUCCAGGCUGAUGUUUGCCACCCCUGCUCUUCUUGGGAGAGGGGAAAUAAACUCUGUGCCUGUUCAGAGGGACAGUUCUUUUAGAGACAUUCUCUGAUUCUGUGAGCUUAGGGAUGAGUCCCUGUCAGUGGGUGCUAAGGAUAAAUCCCAUCCUCAAAUCAAGGGGCCCCUGUGCCAGCCUUCCCCCAACUGAUGCUGGGGUGCCCAGGCCCUAUUUGUGGGCUUCUCACUGCUCAGAUGCUUUCAGACCACCACUUCCUCAUUCCCGACCAUUAGACCCGCAGCCUGUGCCUCAUGGGAAUUGCAGUCCCAAACAUCUGUCGGGAGGCUUCAUGGUUGGAGGAGGUUAAUCUACAGUGUCUCUCUUUCACCCGCCCUUCUUUCUGCCUCAGAAUAGUCCUGGACGUUUUUUUGACCAGUGGUAAUUGGCAUGGCCUGAUUUUAGGCUUCCUGUGGGUCUGUUUGGAAGUUGUGUUUUUAGCACAGUGUCACAUAGCUGAGCCCACGGAGCCGGCGGGUGACAUAGGAGGAGGCUGAUGGUGAGCUGAAGUUUCCAUUGCAGCUGAAUCACCCAGCAGCUUCUCUUCGAUUUAUUUCCCCCCUCCUCCCGCUGUGUGAAAUAUGGAGAGCUAAUUCUGUAACCAAACAAAAGCAAGCCUCAAGGCUGUUUGUGUUCAAGGUACACAGUUGGGGUGGGGAGGAGUUGGCAACAGACGUCACCUGGAUUUAUCCGUUUUAUUUUCCUGGCUUUGCACUGGAGCAUCUGAAAUGCUCUUUUUGUGUAGGUUGGACCUGCCGGCCCCGAGUUCAGCCAAGACUCUGCUCUGCUCCAGGGAAAGUGCCCCAAGGCUUCCUUGGUCUGUAGCAGAAGCUGCCCAGAGUGACUGGGACAACCCAGCAGAUGGGCAGGGGACAAAUAAUAACAUUAUUAUAGUAUUAUUAUUAGGGAACCCUGUUGAACUCGGGGGCCAUAUUACCUUCUGAGUGGCCUUCCCAAGGCAGCAAGUUGGUGGGGGGCAGGCCAGGAGGCAAAGCAAUGAAUGUACAGGUUCCUUUUGACAGUGGGUUGGUUUCUGCACCUCAUCCUGGCAAGAAAGAGUAGUUAUGAGAGUCAAGGGAUGUAGAUGGGAAGGAGGGGUGACCUGGGGAGCGUCCCAGCGGCCAAAGAGGCCCCCCAGUCUCAAAUGGCUUGGGAGCCAAGUUCCUGCAUGACUCCUUCCUGCCACUGCCAGCCUGGGCUUUGAGAUCUUCUGGGGAGGACAUUUGUGUAAUUCUGCUGAGGAGCAUAACCCAUGUCAGUGGCAUGAGGAAGGGCCUUCUCUGCUGUGGCGCCCCGUUGGUGGAAUUUUGCCAUAGAAGUCUAGCUUGUGUGUCUCUCGUCCAGUUUCAGGUGUGGUGCAAAGGACCACCCACCUGCCAAUCUCAUGACUUCAUUCAGGCCUCACUAGGGCAGGGUGAUAAAUUGAUACAUUAUCCAAAACCAGUUUGAAGUCCAUAUCAGGAUAUUGGUUUCAUAAUAUUUCACCUGGCAAUAUAUCGCGAAUCAUGAUGUGUGUGUGUGUCCUAUGCAAAAAUCCCAAUGUGGGAGAAACCGUGAAACCAGCCAAUAGCUUCAUCCUUAUUUCAGACAUCAUGAUAUAUCGGUAUAUCACACUGUUUAGCUGGUGAUAUAGCACGAUGUUGAAAACCAGAUAUUGCCCAGCCCUAGGCUUCAUGUGAUGACUGCUGCUGUCCUCCUGUUCUCCGGGGAAAUGCUUGGGCUGCUUCAAGCAGCACUUUAAGCAGCAUAUAAUGCUUUUAAAUGAAUGAAUGUAAAAGUGUGCCUGGAGAAAUCAACCGCCCUCAAGUCCCUGUCAUGUGGAAGAUGGAGCCUGUUUCCUGAUGCUCCAGAGGAAGGAGAUUCCAACUACAGUGGUACCUCGGUUUAUGAACAGGCUAGUAUACGACCAUUUUGGAUUAUGAUCAAGUACAACCCAGAAAUGAGUGCUCCGGGUUGUGAUGAUGAUGACGAUUACAAAUGUACUCUGUUCACAGGUGCACUUCCGUUUUGAAUGCCACACUUCCGUUGUCCGGCAGCGGAGAAGGGGGUUGUCAUGGCAUCUCCUGCAGCUGCGAGGGAGAGAGUGGGAGAGAGUGGCGAGCCCGCCAACCAGAUCUUUUGAGAUCUCCCUCUCGUCAAAGCAGCUCAGCUCCAGAUCGCUGAGGGGACACUUCCCUCCCAAGCCUCUGCAGGGAUUGCUCUCCUCCCUCAGCGGCAAGGUUGGUGGGAUUGCAACUCUCUCCCUUGCAGCUGCAGGAGGAGAGCAGUCCCUGCAGGGGCUUGGGGGGGAAGAGAGAGAGAGAAAGGGCUGGCUUGGGCAGGGGGAGAGAAUUUUUGCCUCCCUUUGCUUCCUCCCCCCCCGAAACUCUCCUCUCCUGCAUCCAGUUAGCCAUCUCCUUCCCCACACGCACCCCAUGCGCGCUCCUCAUCCCUCCAGUUUGAGUGUUUCCACACACCCCUUAAACUUCCCCCUCCCGUCUUGUCCCUCCAAUGGCAAUGGGUAGAUCACUGCCAGUUUUUGAUACUGGAUAAUAGAUUGCAGCCUGGUUUACUGCUUUCAUUUUAUGGAUCAAUUGUCUCAUUAGAUAGAAAAAUUCAUGUUUUAGGGGUUGCUUUUCAUCGUCUGGAACGGAUUAAUCCAUUUUCCAUUACUUUCUAUGGGAAAGCACGACUUGGUUUAAGUCCGCUUUUAUUUAAGACCGGACUUCCGGAACGGAUUAAGGUUGUAAACCAAAAUACCACUGUAAACAGGAAGAACUUUUGGGCCGCAAGAGCCAUUUGACCGUGGAACAGACUCCCUUGGAAGGUGGUUGGCUCUCCUUUGUUGGAGGCUUUAGUUGGGAUUCACAGGGGGUUGGACUAGAUAACCCGUGGGCCCUUUCCAUCUCUACAGUUAAAGGAUUCUGUAAGCUUUUGUCAAACCUUUGUUUGUUCAUUUAUUUUUAUCCCACCCUUCAAUCAGAUACCCGGGACAGUUUACAAUGUGGGGUUCCCCAGGGUUCGAUUUUGAUCCCCAAUGCUGUUUAACAUAUGCUGUUUAGCCGCCCAGAGUGGCUGGGGAAACUCAGCCAGAUGGGUGGGGUAUAAAUAAUAAAUUAUUAUAAAUUAUUAUUAUUAACAUCUGCAUGAAACCACAGAGUGGGGUCAUCCAGAGUUUUGGAGUAUGUCAUCAGCAAUAUGCUGAUGGCACAUAGCUCUGCUUCUCCUUUACACCUGCAGGUGGGGCUGGGGAUGUCCUGGACCUUUGUCUUGUCUUGGUCACGGACUGGAUGAGAGCCAACAAAUGGAAGCUCAAUCCAGUUGAGGCACUGAGACGGAGGCCCUCUUAGUGGGUGCUUCCCUAGACCAGAUGGCUGGGAGGUGGCCUGCUCUUGAUGGGGUUACACUCCUCAGAAGGAGCAGCUUCGUAGCUCAGGUGUGCUCCUGGAUGCGUUCCUGUUGCUCGAGGCUCAGGUGGCCUCAGCGGAGCAGAGUGGCACACCUGCUGUUCCUAGAACGCUGUCCUAUCUGAAACUGGUCUAGUAUGUUCAUAUCCCCAAGGAGCUAUGGGAACUGUAGUUCUAUGAAGGAUAGAUAAGAAUGUAUUCUGGGUAAGAAUUAGGAGUUUGGGGGCAAGGUGCCAUCACUAUGCUGAUGACGGGGCUCUGUCCGUAACAUCUUCAUAAUAAUAAUAAUAAUAAAUUAUUUCUUCUUUGGUGAUUGCUUGUAGCCAAGUAAGAUUGUCUUCCAUGAACACGGUCUUAACAGUGAGUCUGUAAGUGACUGUGGAGGCCAAUUCUGGAUCCACAUGUCCUUCCAUAGUGGAGACAUAGGUUUCUGGGUAGGAGUUGAUCAUGGUGUGGAUUUGCCAAGCAUGCCUUCCUCUUAGCUCAUUUCUCCCUUUCGCCAUGAGUUUGAGCAUUUUCAAAAGGAGAAGAAGAGGAGUUUGGACUUGAUAUCCCGUGUUUCACUCCCCUUAAGGAGUGUCAAAGCUGCUCAUAAUCUCCUUUCCCUUCCUCCCCACAGCAAACUCUCUGUGAGGUGAGUGAGGCUGAGAGACUUCAGAGAAGUGUGACUGGCCCAAGGUCACUCAGCAGCUGCAGGUGGAGGAGCGGGGAAGCGAACCUGGUUCACCAGAUUAUGAGCCAGUGUUUCCCAGUUGUUGGUGUUUAUACUAAAGUUACCAGGCAUCCCCAUUUCCCAGGGACAGUCCCUGGAUUUACAAAUCAGUCCCCUGACAAAAUCCAUUGAAGCUGAAAAGUGUCCCCGGAUUCAUUGAAAAAAAAUCUGGUAACCUUAGUUUAUACUACAUUUUUUAGGAUUUGGCUUGAGAGAGUGUUUAAACCUCUUUUGUUGACCACCAGCAUUAUGCUUUCCAUUUUUAAGUUUGGAAUAGUGUAGUUGCUUUGGAAGAUGAUAAUCAGGCAUCCGCACAACAUGACCAGUCCAACAAAGUAUAUUAUUUAUAUCCCGCCCAUCUGGCUGGGUUUCUCCAGCCACUCUGGGCGGCUUACAGCAUAUCUAAAAACAAAAUAAAAACAUCAAGCAUUAAAAACCUCCUGAUACAGAGCUGCCUUCAGAUAAGAAUAAGAAUUUAUUAUUUAUACCCAGCCCAUCUGGCUGGAUUUCCUCAGCCACUCUGGGCAGCUUCCAACAAAAGAUUAAAAAUACAUUAAAACAUCAGUCAUUAAAAACUUCCCUAAACAGGGCUGCCUUCAGAUGUCUUCUAAAAGUUGUGUAAUUCUUUAUCUCCUUGAUAUCUGAAGGGAGGGUGUUCCACAGGGAGGGUGCCACUACCGAGAAGGCCCUCUGCACAGUUCUGACUCAGGACAUCUGACUCAGGAGUGGCCAUGCAGUUCCUGGGUCAGUGCUUGGUGAGAUGGAUGAGGGCAAACAAGCUGCCCUUGAAUCCUGGCAACACAGAGGCCCUGUCAGUGAGUGGUUCUGGUGUCUCAGAAAUCGGUCAGUUGCCUAUCCUGGGUGGGGUUGGACCCCCUGAAGGAGCAGGUUGGCAGUCUGGGGAUGCUUCUGGAUCACCCAGGUAGACUUAGUGGCUAGAAGUACCUUUUACCAUCUGCUACGACUCUUCCUGGAUCAGGAAAGGUAAGCAUUGGUUAUUUCAGGAUUUCAUUACUGCAACACACUCUGUGCGGGGCUUCCCUUGCACUUGUUCCAGAAACUGCAGUUAGUGCAGAUUCCUGACAGAAAGGAGACCUUCUCCUCAUACAGUAUGACACCAGGGCUCAGAGACCUGCUUGCACUGGUGGCCAACUUGCUAUUGGGUCAAGUUCAAGGUGCUAUAGUUAGUAUAUAAAGCCCUGCAGGAGCUUCCUGCACUCAAUCGGAAGCUGCGUCGGAAGUUCAGCUUCCAAAAAACGUUCACAAACUGGACCACUUCCGGGUUUGCGGUGUUUGGGAGCCAAUUGGUUUGACAACCAAGGUACCACUGUAGUUGCCUUUUAACUCUUUUUACUCAUGAUUUUAUUAGUUUUGUAAACUGGGUUUUUGCAAUGAAACUGUGUAUAAAGUUUAUUAAUUAAUAAAAUAAAUAAAAUGAGAAUCUCCAACGGAGAAUCUCUGGCACCCCUGCAAAACUUGCGAUGAGAGGCCUGUGUGUUGGUUCCCUUGUGGGCUACCUCCGUCUCCAAGCCCACACAGGGCCUGGAAUGAUGUGGCUCUAGUAUUUUUAAUCCAUUUCCUGUGUUUGUUGUUGAACGUCCAGGGAAUACCGUGCUAUGCAGGAGCAAGGUGCGUUGCUGUGCAUGUGUGCUUGCCUUGGUGCUUCAUCCAUGUGCCAGUGGGUUGCACAUGCACCUUGUUUUGUCGCGUUGGGACAGGCAAGGGGAGAAGCUGUUGUGGCCCAUUUCUGAGCCAGCCUGUGGUCUUCUAAAAUGUCUGCCUCGCCACUGAAGUCUUUUUUAACAAGGAGGAUGUGCAGGGCCUGGGGGUUAAGGGAAGCUGGGGGGGGAGCAGCAGGCAAGAUUCCCACUUGUGGGAGGGAGGGAGGAACUGACUGGCCGCUGUGUUUGCACUCCAUGCCCCUCUGAAAGGAACAGUCGUGCUCUACAGGUGUCUAUAUAAAGGCUGUGUAAACACCAAGAAGAGCUGCGCCUUCAUGUGCCCACAAGGCUCCUCUGAGGCUGCGAGGAAGGGAGGGGAAGCCACACUCCGCACCGACCCGUGAGGGGUCUUUGUCCCCAAGUGGGGGCCUCCUGCCCACUUCCACCCCACGUAGUACUGCCUUUUGAGGACAGCAGAGUGUAGUCAGCUAAUUGGGGAGAAACGGACACCUCAACUGAAAAGAUGCCCCCGGAUUAGUCUUAAGGGCUAUCUUGUUUGAGAGCUAGAACCUAUAAAUGGAUAAAUAUGCCAAAUGGGUUGUGUGUUUUUUAAGUGCUCUUUUUCAGAGUAACCUCGCAAACUGGUUUACAUAGAAAUAUUUAAACAAUUAGAAACCAUUAGAAAACUAAAUUACAAAGCAGCCAAGAGAAGAUGCAAGGCGGGUGGGGCGUUGAAAAUGAGCCUGUCCCCCUUUAAGGGUGAGAUGGCCUGUGCUUCAGUAGAGGUGGCGGUGGGGGGGAGAGACUGUACUGGGAGCAAGAUCGCGAACAAAGCAUUCUCGAGAAGGCUGAGCAGUUCUUAGAUGAAGGCUGCCAGGGCAUGCAUGUGCCAUCGAAUAACUUUUCUUCAUUUUUCUUUAAAUUACCCCCACCUUUUCUCACGAGUAAGUGCCUUAAUCAACUAAAGCACAUCAGCUGAUGUCUUUAAUCGGGUGGCAAAUGGUGGUGGUUGAUGCACAAGUUGCAAUCCAUGCUAUUUUUAGCAUUGCUUGCCACCUUGAAGGCUACUUUUGGGGGAAAGCCAGCAUAGAAAUUGUUUGCAUGGGUGGAAGAUGGUUGCAACCCAACCUGCACAAUCUCCCCCACCUGCAGCCUCAAGCGGAAUAGUCUAGCAACAAGGGUGUUACAUGAAGGCAUCAAUGGGGAGGGUUUUGCCUCGAAAGGCACAGAAUCCUAAAAGUGGCUUCUAUGUUGGCAGGACUUCAGAUGGGGCCAAAUUCUGGAUCCCAAUUGGGCCAAUUUGCGACAGUCCAGGAUUUGGAUGGGUCAAGUUGAGGCAGCGCUGUUCAAAGGGAAGAAGCCACCUGGUGGCUAGGAGAGGGGAGAGAUGCUCAGCUGGCCUGCAGACAUCCCUUCUCCCCCUCUGGAUCAUAGGUUUCAUUAGGUUUAAACCCCUGAUCAAACAUGCAGUUGGGAGGGAGAGGAGAGCCAUGCAGGCUGCCAGAGCAUCUUAUUCUCCCUUCUUCUUGCCACCAGACAGCUCUGCAACACUCUGUGCAAGGCGUAGGAAUCAGUUCAGGUCCUGGAUCCAGUUCAGGUCUGUGCUGCUCCAAAGCACUGGAUUGGGAUCCGAAUUGGGUGGAGGGGGGCAUGUGCAGCCUUCAUUUCCAGGACCUUUUACACUUUGCAUAGCCCCUUCUGUGAGAUUCCACGUAUCCCUUUUUUGAAAGAAUUCUCCUUGUCCCAUAAGUCCCAUAGGGACAGAGUUUCUAUAAGUGUGUCACUUCAGCUGUAGACUUCUGGCUUAGACUUCUCUUUAACCGCAGUGUGAAAGACAAUUCAAAAGUGUUUGCGUGUGCUUUAUAAGCAUGCCUGCAGACUGGCCUGUCUUGAUUUUAGCGUACUAUCAAAGGAAGUGUCUUUCUAAGAUGGUGAACCUUUGGCCCGUUCAGGAGUGGUAUCUGUGGCUGGUAGGAUUGGGCGUCUGUUGAGGGUGCACACCCAACAGGGGGCCCUUGGCAAAGUCCUCCUGCAUCUUCUCGUCAUCUGCUGAUUUGUCCGCCUCUUGCUCCUGGGCAGUCGUGGUGGUGAAAGGAAGAGCAGAGAUUUCACUCCUUGGUUUUCUGUCUCGCAGGCAAGCAAGCAGGUGGUAGCAAUAAGGGGGAUGAAAAGAGGCAGGUGCUGGCAAUGCUGACAAAGAGCUAGACCUUAGCUUGGCAUGGGAGGUGUCCCAGGUUCAAUCCCUGAGAAUGUCCCCUUCCUGAAACCCUGGAGAGCUGCUGCCACGGGGCAGGCAGUACUCAGAGCAGGGGGCAGCAACCUUUUUCAGCCGUGGGCCAGUCCACCGUCCCUCAGACCAUGUGGUGGGCUGGACUAUAUUUUGAAAAAUAAUAAUGAAUGUAUUCCUAUGCCCCACAAAUAACCCAGAGAUGCUACUCAUGUAAAAACACGCUGAUUCCUGGACUGUCCGCGGGCCGGAUUGAGAAGGUGAUUGGGCCACUUCUGGCCCUUGGGCCUUAUGUUGCCUACCCCUGGCUUAGAUGGACAAGAGGUUGGUCUUCGUGUGAGGAGGCUUCCUACGUUUCCCUCUCUAGGGGAGGAGGGUCCAUUGAGGCAUCUUGCCCAAGGAGGCACCACAAUCUGGAGCCAGCUCUGGUCUAGCUGUACCACUUAAGACGGCAGAGGGAAUCAUAUUCCACGCACAUUUAGGGAAGGCAAUUCUAGGCAAGCUUGCUCCCUGGAAUGCUACUUUAAUACAUGCAGGGAAUUCUGGGAGAGUGGGGGAUUCUUUUGUCAAGUGAUUCACCACCUGCAGUCACUUCAGCUGAGAUUCCUGCAUUGUGGGGCGUUGGACUAGAUGACCCUGGGAGUCCCUUCCAACUCUACAAUUCUAUGAUUCUACAGCCUGGACUCAGCUUUGCUACUUCAUCGAGAAUGCGGCCAAUAUCCUCCACUCCACUUAACACUUUGUUCUCCACAUGAUAGAUCUCCUAAAUAUUUUAAUAGGCUGAAAUCCUAUGCCUGCUUCCCCUGGGACCAGUUCCCAUUGAACUCUAGUGAGGCUUACUUCUGAGUAGACACACACAAGAUGUAAAUCCCUCAGGUUUCUAUGAUGCCUCUUUUCCUUUGCCUGCCCUCCUUUUAGCUGUUGCACAAAGUUCACAAAGCUGGUUUCCGUGGUGCUUUGGGCAAAGGCAGUUGUCAUUAAUAUCUCCCCAGGAGGACCUGCUCCUUUUCCUCCUCCUUUGCUGUUCCCGGGGAGGAGGCCACUGGGCCUUGAUGUCCUUUCUCUGCUCGCCCCCUGCUCCCACACGCCUUCCAGUUUGGCUGAGAAGUGCAUGUUUUCCUGCUGACGCCACUUCAGUGUCUCCAGGGCCUCUUUUCUGUGCAGCCUGAAGGACGGCCACAUCACGGCUCGUGACUUGUCCUUGGGAUUCAUGCUGGAAGUAUGAACCUGGCACUCGGGGAAGCCAGGACAGGUUUCCCUGUGACUCUUCCCUGAGCCAUCCGUGAGCUGUUUCAGGGGACAAAAAUUCAGGGUUUGGAGCCUGCUCUGCCCCUGAGCUUCCCCUUCUCCUUCUGUCCAGCAGGUUUCUCUUAGAAAAGAGCCCUGGUUGCAAGGGAAAUUCUCUGCUGGGUUGUGUCUCAAGUAGCGAGGAGGGUUGAUAAACAGAAACUUUUAAGAGAGAGGGCGGUUGUUUCCUGAAAAUACCAGACACCCUUCAGCCAAGUAUUUCACUCGUUAGCAAAACGAUUUAACAUUUUAAGCCAGCUAUUUUAAAAAUGUACGAUCUGGGUCUGGCGGCAGCUCUUUUGCUCAGAGGUCUGGUGCCAGCGUUUAUUUAACUGCUGGGAUCAGUACACAUGUCCCAGGCGCCAUGGCUUGGGAGGGCAAGAUAACCAAGCAGACUUUGGUCUGGCAUCCAGCUUCUACCCAGGCGGUUCCCCACUGUCCCUGUGCAAAGAUGGCUUGGCACCCACCCAGGGACCUAGACCUUGCAGCAACCUGCCCAUGCCCAGAGGCCUCUGGCAACAGUCUGCUCUUCCAAGUGCCUCCGCUGGAGUUGAGGCCUGGGAGGCCUGGGAGGAGAGGAGGAGGCUGGCAAAGGGAGUUUGAAAGAGAGUCUUUGGUAUGGGCUAACCGCUGAGUGUUUAUAUUAAGUUUAAAUAGUAAUUAUUUGUCCUUUGGCAUUGUACUCGUUUUUAAUUUUAUUUUUUGUGAGCUGCCUUGAGGGCCUGCUUGGCUGUAGAAUGAGUCAUAAAACAACAACAACAACAAAUUAAAAAGUUGGUAGAAUAGACCAAGGCAUCUCUAAUAGAAAUGAUCCUGUGCUGUUUUCUUUAGCCAGUGACGAAUAAGGUAGCAACUUACAAACUUUGUAUCUUUAGGAAUAAGAAAUUUUUUUUUGAAAGAACAAAAAUUUAGUGUCAUCUUCCCCAACUUCAAGAUUUUGUGGAUGUUGUGCUAGCUGGGCGCUGGUGGGAGUUGUAGUCCAAGACAUCUGGAGGGUGCACUAUAUGCUCCAAUAUGUCUAAGCUGGUUAUUCUGCUGUGCUGUGUGUGAAUUUAUUGUUCACUUAUACCUUGGCUUGAGGACAUGGUGGACAGUACAAGGUGUAGCGCAUGGGUCUGGUCAGCGUCUGAAGGGGAACCUGCGAACCUCAGCUGUAUCACCUGGAGUUCUUUGAUGUGAGGCUAUCAAUGUACAACAUAAAUAAAAGUACUGCCAGAUGUGAUCUACACAGUUUCACAACUUCCAGAUGCUAGAACUUCCAUCAUUACAGCUGGGAGAAGAAAGUGACAACCAACAAAAUUGUAAUGAACCGCAUAGUCAGGCUUAUUUACAGUACAAAAAGAAGACAGUGUGUUCUGAUUCUGUUUUGUUAGAAUAGUGGAGCCAUCUCAGUGAGUCUCAGGCUAGUGGUUGUAUUGUGAUCUUGUGAGUUUUGUUUCUGCAAACACCCUCUUCAUAGGAGUUUGGGGCUUGUUUAUGUAUGCAUGUUUAUAAUUUGACUCUGAACACUGGGUGAUACCAUGUAUAAAUAGGCCAUCACAAAUAAAUUACUGUGGAUUAAACUAUAAAAGCCACAACCAGCAGUGCUGAUCCAUUAAGAAAAAAUUCCAAAAGCAGCAAUAGUAGAAUAUUUAUUUUAUUUUGCAACAAAAUAAUGUUUUUUAUACACAGUCUUAGCAUUUACUUUUAUUUGGGCCUAAUAACAAUUGCUUGCUGCUCUUACUUGCUGAUAGAAUUCAUGUCAGUGUACAUGACCAACUCCCUGCCACCAUUUUAACAGGCAUGGCUUCUCCCAAAGGUGCCUGGGAAUUUUAGUUGAGUGAGGAACUGAGAUUUCUGCCUCAGGAAUUUGUUGUAGGGAUGGGGAAAGUGUGGCCCUCCAGAUGUUGUUGGACUCCAACUCCCAUCAGCCCCAACUAGCAUGGUCAGUGGUUAGGAAUGAUGGGAGUUGAAGUCUAGCCACAUCUGGAGGGCCAGAGGUUCCCCAGUCCCAAUUCAUAGCUUCAGCCCUCUUCCUUUCCACUAUUUUGAAUCUGCAGUGUGAUUGCCUCACUCCUUAAAUUUGCUCAGACACAAAAGCGCACAAACACUGCACAAAAAGUCCUGAUUUUAGACUAUUGGAGAAAAUAAUUGAGAUAUUGAGGACAGUAGUAUAAUUAUUUUCCUGUACAUUAAUUGUUGUUUUUGAAUUUACAGUGUUUGAAAGUCUGCACCUUGGAGAACAAGUGAGACCCCACCACCUUCUCUCGUUUUGCAAACAGGCACCGAAGCUGCACACCCUCAUGGCGUCUGAGAGCUCAGUGGUCAUCCAGUAG